AGCGCCCGGGGCGAGUGAAUCAUCCGGGCAGCGCGCGGCAGCAGAGAGCAGCGCGGAAAAAUGGCUGAAGCGGGCACGGGCUUUCUGGAGCAGCUCAAAUCCUACAUAGUUUCGUCUUGGACUUGUCUCUGGACCGUGUGGUUCUUCAUUGUGCUUUUCCUGGUCUACAUCCUGCGUGUGCCCUUGAAAAUCAAUGACAAUUGGAGCACAGUGAGCAUGUUUUUGAACACGUUAACACCAAAGUUCUAUGUGGCCUUGACAGGCACUUCCUCACUAAUAUCGGGGCUUAUUUUGAUAUUUGAGUGGUGGUAUUUUCGCAAGUAUGGAACAUCAUUCAUUGAACAAGUCUCAGUAAGCCACUUGCGCCCCCUUCUGGGAGGUGUUGACAACAACUCCUCCAACAAUUCUAACUCCAGCAAUGGGGACUCAGAUUCCAACAGGCAAAGUGUCUCAGAAUGCAAAGUAUGGCGAAAUCCACUAAAUUUAUUUCGGGGUGCUGAAUAUAAUCGGUAUACUUGGGUGACAGGACGAGAACCUCUGACUUACUAUGACAUGAAUCUCUCUGCCCAGGACCACCAGACAUUCUUUACUUGUGACUCGGACCAUCUGCGUCCUGCAGAUGCGAUAAUGCAAAAAGCCUGGAGAGAGAGAAACCCUCAAGCUAGGAUUUCUGCAGCUCAUGAAGCCUUAGAGAUAAAUGAAAUUAGGUCCAGAGUUGAAGUUCCCCUAAUUGCUUCCUCUACCAUCUGGGAGAUAAAAUUGUUACCAAAGUGUGCAACUGCUUAUAUUCUCUUGGCUGAAGAGGAAGCAACAACCAUUGCUGAAGCAGAAAAGCUGUUUAAACAGGCCCUGAAGGCUGGAGAUGGCUGUUACCGUCGUUCUCAGCAGCUACAGCAUCAUGGAUCUCAGUAUGAAGCCCAACAUAGACGAGACACCAAUGUCUUGGUCUACAUCAAAAGAAGGCUAGCAAUGUGUGCCAGGAGACUCGGGAGGACCAGGGAAGCAGUGAAAAUGAUGAGAGAUUUAAUGAAGGAGUUCCCCUUGCUGAGCAUGUUCAACAUCCAUGAAAACCUUUUAGAAGCCCUUCUAGAACUACAAGCAUAUGCUGAUGUUCAGGCAGUCUUAGCAAAGUAUGAUGAUAUAAGCUUACCAAAGUCGGCAACAAUAUGCUAUACAGCUGCCUUGCUAAAAGCGAGAGCUGUCUCUGACAAAUUCUCUCCUGAGGCUGCAUCUCGGCGGGGGCUGAGCACAGCAGAGAUGAAUGCAGUCGAGGCCAUUCAUAGAGCUGUGGAAUUCAAUCCUCAUGUGCCAAAAGUUGUUUCAGCAGAAUAUUCAUCAGUUUCUCAGUAUCUACUAGAAAUGAAAAGCUUAAUCCUACCCCCAGAACAUAUCCUGAAGAGAGGCGACAGUGAAGCAAUAGCGUAUGCAUUCUUUCAUCUGGCACACUGGAAGAGGGUAGAAGGGGCUUUGAAUCUUUUGCAUUGUACGUGGGAAGGCACUUUUCGGAUGAUCCCUUAUCCCUUAGAAAAAGGGCAUCUGUUUUACCCUUACCCAAUCUGCACAGAAACAGCAGACCGAGAAUUGCUCCCGUCUUUCCAUGAAGUCUCAGUUUACCCAAAGAAGGAGCUCCCCUUCUUUAUUCUCUUUACUGCUGGAUUGUGUUCCUUCACAGCCAUGCUGGCCCUCCUAACACAUCAGUUCCCGGAACUUAUGGGCGUCUUCGCAAAAGCUAUGAUUGACAUUUUCUGCUCGGCAGAGUUAAGGGACUGGAAUUGCGAGAGUAUUUUCACAAGUGUUGAAGAUGAACUGGAAAUCCCACCGGCACUUCAAUUUCAACAUUUCCAAAACUGAACUCAUCACCCUUCCUCCCCCACCACCAAAACUGCUCUCCUCCUGUAUUCCUGAUCUCCGCCAGUGGCACUGCCACGCACUCAGUUACUCAAGCCAGAAACUCAGCAGCUCUUCCCUCCCUCACUCCUCACAUCCCAUCUUUAUCAGCCUCUAAAAUCUGGUGGGUGUAACCUGCUAAGCCACUAGACCCUCAGUCAAAGUAAUUCAUGUCUUUUCUUUCUCCCCCAUGGCCCCUCUCUCAAUUUAGGUCUUCAUUAUUUCUUGUCUGGACUCCUACAAAAGUCUUAUCUGGUCUCUUUGCUUCCAUUCUAAUCCUUUGCCAGUCUUUCUUUUAUACUGAUACCGAAAUAAUCUUCCUAAAUUGCAAAUCUGAGCAUGUUACUUCCUUGUUUGAAUUUCUCCAAUGAUUUCCCACUAUCUUCAAGAUAAGGUACCUACUCUUUAUGAUCUGGCCCUUGCUUGCCUCCUCAGCCUCAUCUCUCCCAACUCUUGUAUUGACACUGCUCUUGGGCCAUAGUGAAUUACCCACCCUUCCCAGAUGCACCAUUGUCUUGUACACCUCAGUACCUUUGCACGUGCUAUUUUCUCUGCAUGGAAUGUUCUUCCCCAUCACCACUCCCACUUCUCCACUCUACUAAUGCCUGUUUAUUCUUUUAUACUCAGCUCUCUAAGUUUCUCCAAAGCUGAGUUAGAUUUCUCCUCUAUGAUCCCAUAGAAUUUCAUUAAUACCUAUAAUAUCACAUUUAUUGUACUAUUACAGAAUUGUUGGAAACUUGUCUGUCCCCCUUUUAGAAUGGGAGCUCCUUGAGAGCAGGACUGUGUCUUCCUCAUCUCUGUAUCCCCAAAGCUUUGCACAGUGACUUGCACAUACUAGGUUUUCAAUAAAUGAUUAUUAAAUAAAUAAAUGGUUGGUUUCUGAAGAAAAAAAUCAAUGUAAAAAUCAGAUACAGCCUAACAUUUCUUCUUUUCUACUUAUAAUCAUAGAGUCUUAAAGUUGAAAGGGACCUUAAACAAAUUGCCUUCAAUAGUAGGUCAGUUUGGAGGUCAUCUAGAUUCGUCUUAAAUACUUUCACCAGUGGGGAGCUCACCCAUUUAACAUUAAAGCCCAUUUCAUUGUUGGAUCACUCAGAACUUUUCUUUACAGUGAUAAAAUUGGCCUUCCUUUAACUUCCACUAGUCCUAUUCUGCCUUCUGAAACUAUCAAGCCUAUUUCCUCUUGCAAAUUCUUAAUACAGCCAAUACAUUUAUGGCCACCUCUGACCUCUGACUGACUACCUCCUCUUUUCUCCAGGCAGAGAUCUUAAAUUUUCUUACAUCUUCUGUACAUGGCAUGAUUUUUGUACCCAAUAUCUUCCCAGUCGCCUCCUUGGAUGCUCCCUAUUUUAUUAAUGCCUAUGCUAUUCAUUCUACUCCUAAGCUAACCUGUGAGUAAUACUAGUUGCCAAACGUCUAAGAUUAGAGUACAACUUAAUAAAUUUUGAAAUAAGUAUAUUUACAACAUUAGACAAUUACUUUUCCUACAUUUUAUACUC